GAUUGCUAAAUAACAGACGAAAUAAAUAUCUUCUUCUUCCGCCGGUCCAGUCUUCAACGCGGUACUCGCUGCUGGUCAUCUCCAUCUCAAUUCGCUAGGACCUUCUUCUUCACCACCGUGCACCCAUGAUCAACGAUCAUCUCUCUCAUGCUCACAGCCCUUUUCCUCUUCGCUGAAACCUGCGGUCACCUCCCACCACCUGCAAUUCUCAAUGACCAUCUCUCCCAUAUAUCUUCGCUUACUUCUAGCGAAACAGCACCGCUGGCCUCCACCAAGAAAUUUACAGUGGUCAUCUUGCAGUGAUUAUCACCUCCCACCGCCGGUCACACCAUCACCAUGCAUCACCUGCACCUGCAAUUUCGUCACCAUUCCAUCCCUGUCCUUUCAUCUGAGUGCCCGCUGAUUAUCUCUUCAGGCUCCAGACGAAAACCCGGCUAUCUGCUGAUCCAGUCUGCUCGCUAAAUCUGUUCGUCAAUCCGCUCUCCACACCCAGGAUGCCGGAAUUAUCACCGAGCAUGCCGUACAUUCAUCCUUAAUAUACCAAUUUAAGUGUUGAUCUUGUUAUAUUGUUGCACCGCUCGUGACAAAUUUCAUGCAAAUUCACUCUACAUUUCUGGAGAUUCUUACACAGGCAAGAUUGUUUUCAUCAUUGUUCAGCGAAUGACUAAUGAACAAAAGUGAAAAGUCUAUGAAUGAGCUUGGCCGAAGUGCACAAUUGCAUGAGCUUUGGCGUAUUGCUUUUGUUGGGGUGCUUUGGAGUCUCUGGAGGUUUAGGAACAAAGUGAAAUAUGAUGGUGCUUGUGUUAAUGUGACUAGUGCUUUUCAAUUGGUUAGUGGGCAGAUCAUUUCUUCUGGCAUGCUUGCCUCAGGAUGGGUUAAACUUAAUAUGGAUGGUGCUUGGAGGAAUGCCUCGGCUCAAGCGGGGUAUCGUGGAAUUUUUCAUGAUUUUCGUGGUCAUGUAAUUGGAGCGUUUCACUGUAAUCUGGAUAUUCCUAGCUCCAUUGCUACUGAAGUCAUGGCAGUAAUCAAAGUCAUUGAGUUGGCUUGGGUUUGUGAAUGGAAAUAAUUGUGGUUAGAGGUUGAUUCUACUCUAGUUCUUACCAACCUCAAGUCUCCCCAUUUAGUGCCUUGGCGACUUCGUGUUUCUUGGUUAAAUUGUUUACACUGCAUCUCUCAAAUGCAAUUCCGCUCUUCUCACAUUUAUCACAAGGGGAACCAUGUAGCUAAUGUUCUUGCUAAUCACAUCCUCUCUUCAGAUGGUUUGAUUUAGUGGGAUGUAUCUCCUCAUUUCGUUCUUUUGUUAGUGCAAUAGAGAUAAUUUGGGUUUGCCCAAUUUGCGUUUUCGUUAGUUUGUUGAUCAUGUAUUGUUUGUUUAUUUUACUUUUGUGGGGUUCGAUUUCUAUCACCCUAAACUUGGUGUAUCCCAUUAAUUUUUCUAAUAAAUAGGUAAUCGGGUCUUCCGACC